CUGUGACGCUACCUGACGUGUAUCUGAUGGCGGAAGGCGGAGCUCCAGGCAGAGUAGUACGUGUGCUUCACAGCAGCGUUAGCUUGAGGUCUGUGUAGCUGUUCCACAGCUGAGUCUAAGGCAGUGACAUGGUGCUACUGGAAAAUGACUCGUUCCUCACAGAACUCACGCGGCUCUUCCAGAAGUGCAGAACAUCUGGAAGUGUUGUCAUCACGCUAAAGAAAUACGACGGGAGGACAAAGCCGGUGCCCAGGAAGGGGCACACGGAGUCGUUUGAACCAGCAGACAACAAAUGUCUCAUCAGAGCAUCUGACGGCAAAAAGAAAAUUAGCACAGUGGUCAGCACAAAAGAAGUAAUCAAGUUUCAAAUGGCCUACUCCAACCUCCUCAGAGCUCACAUGGAUGGACUUAAGAAGAAAGAUAAAAAAAGCAAAAGCAAAAAAACUAAAGCCACUCAGUGAGCAUUGGACAGUCAUGUAACCAUCGGUUACCAACACUGUCCUGUACGAUCAGCUGGUGAUCCGUGGGAGGAGCCUCCACUUUGGCUCCACGCUACGUCGCCCUCAUUACCCAGAGGCCUCAGACUGACCACACCUUCAUUCGGUGACCGUUGUGAUAUUAUGCCAUUUUUAUUUUGUUUUUGCAUGGUAAGGUCUCAUCCUUGGCUGCUCGGUGCCAUCGAUGAUUAGGAGCAGGACACUUUGAUACAAGAAGAAGCAGAAGCAGCAGCAGCUCAGCUGUACGCCAUCAGCACAGCGGAGCUUCACCAACGUCACCUCUGGAGCCAAAUCACAGUCGAUCCUUCACCGGCCUUUUAUAUUUAAUGGUCCACAUUUACGUUGUUAACCUGUGAGCUGAACUGGCAGGUAAUUUGAUCAUGUCUUUAGAAGACUGUGACUUUUUUCUUUUCUUUUUUUAAAAUCAGGUCUGUUUUAUUUGGUCAAAUUUUCACCAGUUUGUCUUGGAGCUUGGAUUUGGGAGAUACAUU